GGUAGCCGGUAACGCGAAUUUUGGAAAUGCAGAAAACCACCUACUACGACAACUCGACAUUAUUCGGAGGUUAUUCGUAUCAGGGGGCCAAUGGCUUCAGUUAUGAGGCCCAGCCAGCGGCUUUCCCGAGCUCGGCACACCUUGAAGGCGAUUAUCAGAGGUCUGCCUGCUCACUGCAGUCGCUAGGCACUAGCGCACCCACACAAUCACAGCACGCCAAGACGAAAGAGCUUAAUGGGAGCUGCAUGCGUCCAAGUUUACCAUCUGAACACCACCAACCUCCCCAGGUUUCUCCUCCUCAAAAUUCUGUGAACCCAACUGGAUCUAGUGCCCCCCAGCAGCCGGGUGGUAGCGGCAGUGGUGGGGCAGGAGGCGGAGGUACUACUAAAUCCUCAGCCAAGUCGUCCACACUUGCCCAGAACCCGACCAUCAGCAAGCAGAUCUUCCCCUGGAUGAAAGAGUCACGUCAGAACACCAAGCAAAAAACCAACUCUCCUAGCGCAAGUUCAGCUAAUGCGGAGAGCAGUGGCGGCGAGAAAAGCCCUCCGGGUUCCGCGGCUUCCAAGAGAGCGCGCACAGCCUACACGAGCGCACAGCUUGUGGAACUUGAGAAAGAGUUCCAUUUUAAUCGGUACUUGUGUCGGCCUCGACGCGUAGAGAUGGCAAAUCUUCUCAACCUCAGUGAAAGGCAGAUCAAAAUCUGGUUCCAAAACCGGCGCAUGAAGUACAAGAAGGAUCAAAAGUCAAAAGGGAUGGGCUCCUCCUCAGGGGGGCCAUCACCAACCGGAAGCCCACCCCUGCCAAUGCAGUCCUCAGCCGGCUUUAUGAACUCCAUGCACUCAAUGGGCAGCUAUGACGCGCCGUCGCCGCCAUCUUUCAACAAGCCUCAUCAAAACGCGUAUGCCAUGUCUUCAUCCUAUCAAAAUUCCAUGAAAGGUUGUCCCUCGCAACAGAAGUAUGGCAACACAGGACCAGAAUAUGACCCACAUGGGCUACAGGGUAGCAGUGGCAACUAUGGGACACCUAACAUGCAGGGCAGCCCUGUGUACGUAGGAGGGAACUAUGUGGAUGCCAUGCCUGCCACUGGGCCAUCUAUGUACAGCCUCAACCACCUGCCACAUCACCAAUCUGCCAGCAUGGACUACAACGGUGCCACGCAGAUGUCGGCUAACCAGCACCACGGACCGUGCGACACACAUCCGACAUACACAGAUCUGUCAGCGCACCAUCCUUCUCAGGGUAGAAUUCAAGAAGCACCCAAGUUGACGCAUCUGUAACAGGUUUGGGGGGGAAAAUGAAAUAGAAAUUAAAAUAGAAGGAAAACACAAACACACGAGCAAACACGAACCCAGGGGAUGAUGCAAUGGGGUUGAAAAGAUGAUCCAGUGGUUUCUUGCCGUUUCAAUCACAACAGUUGGUGUUGAUGUUGUCCUUUAAUUCGCCUGUGAGCACAUUCAUUUGUUCAGAAGACAUCUCACAAUCAGUUCUGAAUGCAUAGUUCUGAAAGCUCUACUAAAACAAAGAUGAUGAAUAGUGGGUUAAUGUGGAUAGUGUAAAUCAAUUUAUAGAUUAUUUUUCUCUAUGACCUUGUGUGACUCCCUUUACGCCAUCAUUGGCAUGCGUGCAUUUUGUCAGCCUAUCGCCGAGUUCUUUACUGUAAAACGUGCUUGAGGGUGGAGCGUAGCGAACACUUGAAACCGGCGUUAGGAAACCACUGGAUUGUUUUUGUUCACUUCCCUUUUUCCACAUACCUCUUUUUUUGUUUGACAGACUCGCUAAAGCGUCAUUGCCCCCCACCCCUUAUCUACCUAAAACCAUCAAAAACGUGUACGUAAGAAUUUUACGUGUAAAACUUCAAUCUAUACUUUUUAUCGGAUUGAUAAAUUGAAUACUGCGUAGGGCCUCCUCUCGUAAAGGGCCUAGAAUUGGAUAAAACUUACUAAAUUGGUACAGGGUAUGAAAGGCCAUUUGAGAAUUUAGUCAAUACAUAGUCGCCCCUACCUUUUUCAAUGGUUGUGCCCCCUCCCUCGUCCUCGUUAAUUUCUUGCCCCUAUUUUCUCUCUCUCUCUCUCUCUCUCUCUCUCUCUCUCUCUCUCUCUGUCUCUCUCUCUCCCCCAUUUAUUGAGUUUGCUUACAUUAGUCUUCACUAAUUAAAAAGACAGACAUUUUAUCAUGUCUUGACUUAACGUGGAAACAGGGUAUAAAUGAACAAAAUGCAUGCCCGAGAUGUCAAGCAAUGGUGUAAACGUUUCGGUUUACACAUAAUGCUUUCUCGACUGGGCAUCAUUGUUGCACUUAGAGUUUACAUUUUGAUGGAUAAGGAAAAAAGUAAAUCUUAUUUUGAAGCGAAAGACCUUCAAUCAGCGUCUUUCGGUAUGUGUUCAAACGAACAUUCAUAAAUAUAUAUUUAUUUGUUAUAGCCAGUUUAAAUACUUUUUUUUAAUUAUUUAUCCCUCAUGUAUUUAUAUCGAGAAAGUGUACUUUUUUAGUAUUUACCUGUUAUAAGGAAAAGACAUUGUGUUCUUGUCAUUGUAACUAAUUUUGGUUAUUGUAUUUCUAGAGAAACCUAGGUUUAUGUUACCCUUGUACAUAAACGACUUGACUUGUACAGGGUGCGAACAGAGGAAUCAACCCGUUCCAGCAUAGUCGGAAAUUAGACAGUAUAGCGAAACAUUUUUUUUCUUUUUUUUUUAAGAAAAAACUUUUUGUUCUUUGUAGUUACUUUGAUUUUCUUGUUAAGAGUUGGCUGUUCAACAAUUCUUUAAUAAAAUAUUAUGUUAAUCA